UGUGUGUGGAGAGAGAGAGAUCUGUACAUAUACCAGGAGCCCCAUGCGGAGCAGCAGAUAUCUUGCAGCUGUGUGCUCGGUUGUAGCUCAGUGCCUUGUUAUGCUAUGCUGGGUUUUAAAAGCGCGGAGUUUGUGUCACAGUGUAAAACUUCAUGCUUGAUCAAACGGACUCAGUCACGGGAUUGUGGAGAUGUCUGUAACGUCCAGCAGGGGGCGGCGGAGCGCCACACUCCAGGUGGAACCUUUCUGUGUUUGUUCGUGUUUCCGGAAGGACCUGCCUCGGACUGAAGAGCGGUCGCUUCAUACGUUUGUAUCCGACCCGUCUGUGAAGUGAAGUGGUUGUUAAAUAAUCCCUCAGCAAGAAACUGAUGAACACGUGCAAACAGUUUUGUUUAGAAUUGUAUUGCAUAAUUUAGCGACAGUGUGUUAAUAAUAUCAGAAGCGUCUGGGGAGCGAUGCGGCUCCGCUGGCUCACCUGGGAUGUGACGGACACGCUGAUCCGGGUGCGGCGCUCGGUCGGGGAGCAGUACUGCAGCGAGGCGCGGAGCCUGGGGCUGCAGCUGGAACCCGAGUCCGUGGAGAGAGCCUUCAGACUGGCCUACCAGAGCCAGCACCGGCGCUUCCCCAACUACGGGCUGAGCCAGGGGCUGUCCUCCCGGGAGUGGUGGCAGGACGUGGUGCGGGAGACCUUCUCCCUGUGCGGGGUGCGGGGCGUGCCGGCGCUGCAGCCCCUGGCAGAGAGGCUGUACCGGGGCUUCAGCGGCUCAAACAACUGGGAGGUGUUCCCGGACGCGGAACGGGCGCUGGAGCAGUGCGGGCGGCUGGGGCUCCGCAUGGGGGUCGUGUCCAACUUCGACCAGCGGCUGGAGCAGGUGCUGGAGAGCUGCAGCUUGAGGAGGCACUUCGACUUCGUGGUGACGUCUGAGAGCGCCGGCGCAGCCAAGCCGGACGGCAGGAUCUUCCGGGAGGCGCUCAGGCUGAGCGGGCUGGCCGAGCCGGGCCUGGCCGCCCACGUCGGGGAUGAUUACUGGAACGACUACAGGGCCGCCCGCCAGCAGGGCAUGCAGAGCUACCUGCUGCAGAGGAGAGGGGCGGAGUGGGGGGUGCCUCCCGAGCAUAGGCUCUCCUCGCUGGAGGAGCUGCCCGCCCUCCUCUCAUAGAGACCGGGGAGCGGGGUCGAGGCUCAGCCUGGAGGCAGAAAAUACAUUGGUGUAGCAGUUUACUGUUUGUGAGAGUUUGAAAAUAAAUAAAAGUUUCUGACACAAUGCCUUUUCACUUCUGUUUAGUUUUUAAACGAGCCGAACUGAGUUCACUUGAAAACGAAUUCUGGAGGAAGAGAGCUGAGCUCCUUUGGUAUUCGCAGGCUGUUUCCUAUUCUAAAUAAAAACCGAGCUGGAAAAGGGGUGUCAGCUGUGGAACAUCCUCAUCCUCAGCUGUGAGUCACCUGAUUAUCAUUCUCCCAUGAUCCCAGCAAACAAGAAACCAAACAGGCAUAGCAUGGGACCAGCGCAGAACAGUUCCACAAGCAUAGCACGGGACCAGCACAGAACAGUUCUACAAGCACAAGCAUAGCAUGGGACCAGCACAGAACAGUUCCACAAGCAUAGCAUGGGACCAGCACAGAACAGUUCCACAAGCACAAGCAUAGCAUGGGACCAGCGCAGAACAGUUCCACAAGCACAAGCAUAGCAUGGGACCAGCGCAGAACAGUUCCACAAGCACAAGCAUAGCAUGGGACCAGCGCACAACAGUUCCACAAGCACAAGCAUAGCGGGCACAGUGCUGGUUUUAAUUAAGAAAGCGAGAAUUACUGAAUGAAUGAAUGAAUGGAAUUCGGGGGUCGAGGCAGUCUCUAGCACUGGGCUGAGCAGUCAGUCCAGUCCAGUCCAGUCCAUCACCCUGGUCAGUCAUACUGCACAGGGAAGCCGUGUACACUGGGCUAGUUCACAUCACACAAACGUCCUGCAAUCUGCUGCCUGUAUUGCUAAACCACAGCGCUGCUUCUGUACGCUACAGGCGUGUUUAUAUUCACGCAUCCUAACGU